AUGGUCUUCUCAGCAGACACCCUGGUGGGGAAGAUCGCCAUCCCGGCGUACACGCUGAGCGACGACGACUGCUCCUCUGGGUACCAGCAGCUCAGUGUGGAGAGCGACCCCGAGGAGGGCGGAGAGCCCGGCCCCGCAGCGCUGCCCUGCCGCCAGUGUGGGCUGCAGGUGGCUGCCAGCCUGGGGCAGAGCUGCCUGCAGUGCGCCGGUGCUGAAGGGGGCCGCAGCCAGCGCAUCGUGUACUCCUGCCAGCUCUGCCCCUUCGCCUCCCACUACUCCAGCCACCUCAAGCGCCACAUGAAGACACACAACGGGGAGAAACCCUUCGCGUGCCCGCAGUGUGCCUACGCCUCUGCCCAGCUGGUGAACCUGACGCGACACCUGCGCACACACACAGGGGAGAAGCCCUACCGUUGCACGUGCUGCAGCUUUGCCUGCAGCAGCCUGGGCAACCUCAAACGCCACGAACGGGUCCACAGUCAGGACAAGCCCUUCCAGUGUGCCGCCUGCGACUAUCGCUGCAACCAGAGCCGCAACUUGAAGCGGCACAUGCUCAGCCACCGCCUGCCCGAAGGCGAGGGGCCACACCGGCGGGACAAGGAGCCAGAGCCGCUGCUGCCGGAACUGAGCCUGCACGUGGGCAGUGGCAGCGGCCCUUUCCUGCCCGGCUGCGCUCGACUGCGGAGCGAGGAGGCAGCCGCGCUGCCCGAGCUGCUCUUCCCCUUCACGUGCCGCAUGUGCGGGCUGGUGCUGGACGACGGUUUCGCGCAGGAUGAGGGCCUGGCUGAGCAGGUCUGCGGGCGCUGCAGUCUGGCAGUGCUGGGCACUGAGCCGGGUGCCAGCCCCCGCAAGGGCACUGGGGACAAAGGCUUUGCCUGCAGCCUCUGCCCCUUCGUCACCCACUACCCCAACCACUUGGCGCGGCACAUGAAGACGCACAGCGGGGAGAAGCCAUUUGCCUGCCCGCUCUGCCCCUACGCCUCCGCCCACCUCGACAACCUGAAGCGGCACCAGCGAGUGCACACAGGCGAGAAGCCCUACAAGUGCCAGCUCUGCGACUACGCCUGCGGCAACCUGGCCAACCUCAAGCGUCACGGGCGCAUCCACUCAGGCGACAAGCCCUUCCAGUGCAGCCUCUGCAGCUACAGCUGCAACCAGAGCAUGAACCUGAAGCGGCACAUGCUGCGGCAUACAGGCGAGAAGCCCUUCCAGUGCCGGGACUGCCCCUACACCACUGGCCACUGGGACAACUACAAGCGCCACCAGAAGAUCCACGGCCACACGGCUGAGAGCUGGGUAAACCCGCGCAAUGCCAAAGCCCUCCUGGCCCCUCCAGCCGUGGGCACAGCCCUGCCCUGAGACAGCACUUAGCCCAGCUGCAGGGGCUUGGCCCUGCAUCGGGCCCGGGAUGCCUCAGCCCCGGGGCACCCCAGCCACUUGCCGGCUGUGGCCCCUGCCCUCCCUGGGGGA